GUGAAGAUUUGGACAAGAUGGAAGAGUUGGGAAAGAAAAUGUUGAAUAGCUGUGGGGGUCUUCCAUUGGCCGUGGUGGUUUUGGGUGAAAUUCUUAGAACUAAAAAAACCCUCAAGGAAUGGAAUGAAGUGCAUGAGAAUAUCAAAUUCUAUCUGGCUAGGGGAGAACAAAUUGGAAAAGAAGGAGAGGUGCCAAAGAUUUUAGCUUACAGUUACUAUGACCUCCCCUGGCAAUUAAAACCAUGCUUCCUUUACUUGGGUAAAUUCAGGGAAGAUUCUAACAUUGGAGUAGAGAGUUUAUAUCAGAUGUGGAUAGGAGAAGGUAUGAUAUUUGAGAAUGAUAGAAGGGGGCAAGAACCAAUGAUGGAUGUUGCAGAGCGUUACUUGGAAGAAUUAGCAAAUAGAUGCAUGGUUGAGGUUAAAGUAAAUGAGGAGGGGAAGCGUGCAGUAACAAGGUUGGAGUCAUGUCGGCUUCAUGAUCUUAUGAGAGAUAUGUGCUUAGCCAAGGCAAAAGAGGAGAAUUUGUACAAGGUGGUCGACCAUAGUACUUCACUAGAUUCUCCUCUUGCAAUUGAAGCACAAUAUGGUUUAGUCCUUCGUUUGCUUCCAAAAGAUAUCUCUAAAUACAACUUUCCGCCAAAAGAACAAAGUACGCAUCUGCGCUCAUUCUUGUGUGAUCCAUUGGAAUAUUUUAUUCCAGGGGUGAGAAUAAUGUCCCAAGUCAACAAUUUGAAGAUGCUUAGAGUUUUGGCAAUUUUAUCCUUCGAUAUGGCCUCCGGAAGUUGUUUUCUCAAAUCACCUCUGGGAUAUAUUGAAUACCGAACGUGCUAUGGAAAUUGGAACGUUUGAGAUAUCUUUAUCUUCCAGACUGGAGGUGGUGGGACGCUCACCCUAAGCUGCAGUUAAACAAGCAGCUGGAGAUACUUGAAUCAUUCGAUAACAGGUUUUGCUAUCCUAAAGAAGUAUGCAAAUUAUCGAAUCUCAGAGCUUUCAAAGCAAUAGUGUAUAAAAAUCUUGAGGACCUGGAACACAUCAUCAAUCAUAUAUCAAACUUGGACUGCAUACGCAUUAGCUCACUUAGAAUCGUUGACUUUGAUUUUUGCAGCAACAAGGGUUUG